AUGCCCCCAAAGGCCAAAGGGAAGAUUGUCAAGGAUGUAACUCAGCUGGUACUAGGUCGUAGAACUAGGAUGUGCAAUUUCCUUGAGUAUAAAGACACCAAAGUCGUGUAUAGACGAUAUGCUUCACUCUUCUUCGUGUGUGGCAUCGGCUCUGCAGACAAUGAGCUUGUCACGCUCGAGAUCGUGCAUCGUUAUGUCGAAGUAUUGGACCGGUACUUUGGAAACGUAUGCGAGUUGGACUUAAUCUUCAACUUUCAGAAGGCGUAUGCGAUACUUGACGAGCUAAUAAUUGCGGGAGAACUACAGGAAUCGUCAAAGAAGUCGGUCCUGCGUGUGGUCGCGCAAUCAGACUCAAUUGAAGAGGCAGAGAAUAGCGAGGAUACCCUGGCGCGACUAGGUUCGAGGGUCAUAUAG